AGCAAGCCCUCGUACGCAAUAGCAACUGAGCAGAGCACAAAAUCCAAACCAUUAGCCAUGGAGCGCAUCCCUAUCUCCUACAUUGCCAUGGCCCUCUCGUUGGUGCUUCUCCUCCCUUCCUAUGCAACGGCGUCGGUGCCAACCGGCAUGAUAGAGCGGGAAACCAAGCAGCAGAUUCUGGCGAGCAUUCCGCCGCAUGGGCAGGAGAACCCCGUGCUGUUCCUGACAUCGCCGUCUGGCAAGUACGCGGCGCACUUCAUACGCAGCCAGACCGUGCCAGGCGCCGGUGGCCUCGGGGCGGACUUCUGCUAUGUGGAAAUUCUCGACGCCUCCGAGCCAGGCGCGGAGGGCCAGAGCGUGUGGGAGUCAGAGUGCUUGGCUGUGAGCACCAUCAACACCUGCGCACUCGUGUUCUCGUGGAAAGGUUUGGAGGUGUUUGACGGGAGCAACUCAGUGUGGCACACACACGACACAGAGUCGGUUGACAACAACUUCCUCAGAACCCUGGAGCUGGUGGACGAGGGUGACAUGCGCAUCCUUGACAAGGGCGGUGAGCUGGCGUGGAAGGCCAGCGAUGAGCCACGGGCGGCGCAGCACUGCGGCAUGCCCGGCUCGCCAGGCCUGGUCUCGGCAACGGCGCCCUUCGCCCAGCCGAUAGGACAGGGGAGUGGCAACCUGCCAUUUGGACAGGAUGUAGGAGGCAAUGGAAACGGCAACGCCGGCGUUGCAGUGCUGCCACAAGAUGCAUCGUAUGGUGAUGUCUCUGGGCAGGGGCACGGCGUGGAAGACGUGGGGCAGUCGAUUGGAUUUGGCAGCCAACCGUUGGUGGACAGCAGCCCAUACGACAGUGGUGCACUGAAGCAUGGAUGCAGCUUGCUUGGAACUGGACUUGCCUUGGGUGUCAUUACCAUGGCUCUCAGUUUCUGAUUUCAGUAUAUACUUGCGCUCUCUCCGCGUGAGGGGUUUCGUGGUUUCUGAAUUUGUUGUUAUUAUUUCUGGCGCAAUAAGCCAGGGAUGUGUUGUAAACUCGUGAUCAUGCGUGUUAAUUUUCUGGGUGUGGGCAUGCUUGUAGUAUUACUGUGUUGUAUCUGUAAUUUCUUGUGAUUGUUUAAGUUUGGUUGUAAGACUUGCUUGUCUCGAUUCUAUUGGGCUACCCUACUCAAACUGAUGAUUUCAGAAUUUCA